AUGUCUCUUAUUCAGAUUCCAAAAUCUCAGUGCUCAGAAAAUUGUUUGCCGGGUUACAGGAAAGCCCCGGGGUCUGAGAUCCAUUCCUGCUGCUAUGACUGCGUCCUGUGCUCAGAGGGAGAAAUCUCCAAUAUGACCGACAGCGAGAACUGCAUAAAAUGCGCACAUAAUGAAUGGCCCAAUGAGAAGAAGGAUCUGUGUGUUCCCAAAAUGGAAGAGUUUUUGUCUUAUAAUGAUGCUGUUGCUAUAGCAUUUACAUCAAUCUCAAUUUUAUUUUGUCUUUUAACUGUUACAGUAUCAGGGAUUUUUGUUUCAUAUAAAAAUACCCCAAUUGUAAAAGCCAAUAACUGGAGCCUCAGCCUGAUCCUCCUGGUCUCCAUCAUGAUGAGCUUCCUUUGUGUCUUUCUGUUCUUUGGUCGUCCUUUGGAUAUAACCUGCAUACUGCGCCAAACUGUCUUUGGAGUUGCCUUCUCAUUAGCCGUGUCUUCUGUGCUGGCCAAGACUAUCAUGAUUUUUGUUGCUUUUAAAGCCAUCAAACCUGGCAGUGUCUGGAGAAAAUGUCUCGGAAUCAAACUGUCUGGUUCUGUUGUCUUGUUGGGCUCAUCUGUCCAAGUCAUAAUUAUUAUUUUUUGGUUGUCCAUUUCCCCCCCAUUCCAGGAGCUGGACAUGCACUCUUAUCAGGGAAAGAUCAUCAUUCAGUGUAAUGAGGGCUCGGUUAUCGCCUUCUACUGUGUCCUGGGUUAUUUGGGGCUUCUGGCAGCUGUUAGUUUUAUUAUAGCUUUUUUAGCCAGGACAUUACCGGACAGUUUUAAUGAGGCCAAGUACAUAACCUUCAGCAUGCUGGUGUUCUGCAGCGUUUGGAUUGCGAUGAUCCCGGCCUAUCUGAGCACCAAAGGGAAGAACAUGGUGGCCGUAGAGAUUUUUGCCAUACUGGCUUCAAGUGCUGGACUUUUAGGAUGUAUAUUUAUUCCAAAAUGUUAUAUAAUUAUAUUUAGACCCGAAAAUAACUCAAAAACACAAUUGUUUUGUAGCAGAAAUAACAAUCUGUAG